AUGCAACACGCCUCCUACAUUUUUUUUGUCUACAGGAAACCGGACGAGGUAGUUCCAAAUCACAGGCGGCGGGCUCGUGUGCUGUGGGCGAUCAUGAUGGUGGGAGUUAUCACAUAUAUCGGUUUGCUCGUGAAGAACACGGUGGAGAGAAUGAAGUCUCCAAACACCUCUGUCGAGCUGUCGAACGUGGUGUACACGUACCCGGACCUCUGGGUGUGCCCAUACAACCAGUAUGGCUGCGAUGAUAUCACCCUCGAGCUGGGAUGUGUGACGUCGUCGUGGAGAACCGAGGCAGGCCCACCCAGCGCAAUUUUCUAUAACAGCGAGGGGACCGACCAACAAACGACAGACCCACUGGAGAUCGAGGCUACCUGGGUCGACACGAGUGCCAUAGAGGGGAUCGCAAAAGCAAGAGAAGCAUGGUCACGAAUACGCUUGAGUUUGCUGUAGUUUCGAAAGUCGAAAGCGUAUUCGUGCAUGGGUUGGAAAGGCCCAGCCAUCUAUGGGGUUUGAGUAUAGAGGGUUUGGGGCUGACACACUUGAGGACAUAGCGGACGUGUCUUGUGGCCAACAUUGGGCGUCGUCCGAACCUUCGAGCCCAACCAACCAUGGAGUAUCCCGUGUGUAUAUCCCGGUCUCUAUGUUCUGUUGUUUGUGUGCGCUGUCUUUGGCAACAUGAAGGCCCGUGCAUGUCGAUAUGCGAUUGAAGCCAUGAACCUGCUCGUUAGGUCCUCAUAGUAUGGCCCCUGAAACACCUAUAACACCCAUUGUUUAGUCUAUUGUCGUGCUUGGCGUCGCUAUCCUUCAGGGGAGAGGACUCUGUGUGGAGUUCAACACAUCGGCUGCGACCGCUUUUGUUGGACAAGAGAGGGACCCCGACGAGUACUUGGACUACAUCCUCUUGGACAUGUAUUGGUACCCCAGCGGUAAUGAGACGACG